AUGACCAAAUUCAUCCAUGAAUAUGUGGACAGAUGCACCGUAUGUCAAUCCACGAAGAACUUAACGCACAGGACACACCCUCCUAUCUAUCCUUUGGAAACCACCAACGUCCCUUGGCGAUUCAUCUCAACAGACUUCAUCACGGAUCCACCCGAAAGCAAAGGUUUCGACUCAAUCAAUGUGGUAGUGGACCAAGAAACUCCUCCCCCGAUGUCGUCCUUAUGGUCUCCAAUCCAGAUGUCAAAUGAGUGGACAGAGGAACUAGUCCUCACCAGUCCAAUGCUGGACGAGUUGACAGAGGAACCAGUCCUCACUGCCCAGAGCCCGCCAUCGCCGUCCUUACUCCAAAUCUUAACAACUUCUCGGAUGAUGAUGCCGAGGACUACACCAAGUUCAAGGAAAGAGAAAGAACCCGCCGACCAUCGCUAA